AUGAGACGGCUUCUGUCCGGCCAGUCCUUCGCCCCCCCCCCCCUCCCCAUCCUCUAUCUCGCCCAGUCCUGGGCCCUUUUGCCUUUUUCUUCCCGUUUGCUUUGGCGAGCGACCCCAUACUGCAUGACCCCAUACGGCAAUGGUUACUUUAAUUCUAUCCUCCUCCCCCGCUUCCACGUUCCAUCGCCGACGGCCCAUCCCCAGAUUCCCACCCCCAUCCAUCCAUUCAUCCGUCCGUCCGUCCGUCCGUCCGUCCGUCCGUCCGUCGUCGACUCUCGACUUGCCGUCCUCCAGUACUCAGGCAAAACGCUUCCUUGCCGCGCUCUCGGCACGGUCCCCAUCUUGUCAGACGGCACCCUCCCACUCGCACAGAUACAUGUACUUGCAGCAGAACGCGGACCGCUUUCGCCAUCGUCAAGGCCGAGGCAUCACGGACUCGGCACCACCCACCGUCGCUCGCCCUCGCCGAGACCCUCCACGAGGCGGUCGAAUGCUUCCCGUGCCAUUCCGCCCGCCACCGUCGCCGCCGCUCUGAGCCGCCUCGAGAUACGCACCCUCCCUCCUUGUCAUCCAUCGACUUCUGUCCGUCUCUUUAUCCUCGAGAGCAACAGCCAUCCCUUUGACCUUACAUCUCCUUCCACGACGCACACGCGCCAACGCACGCACCCGCCGACACCCCCACACGCACCGCACCGCACCACACCAGCCGCACGCACGUUGCCCCCUUUGGUCAGCCUCGUCGCAGGCCAGCAAGUAUCGUCUUCCGCCUGCUCCCUUGCUUCCUCUUCACCUUCCAGCCGCAACGGUCCGUUCGAAGCCGCCGAGCCGAGCAGUUUCCUCUACCAUCUGCCCGAUCCCGGCCAACCCCAUCACGCCGUCAGUCCGGACAAACAGGCGGCGGCCAUGAACGGUCCCAUCACGUCGCCUCUCGGCUCCCGGGCUGCGUCGUCGGCCAUGUCGACCGUGUCGUCGACCCGGCCUUCGCCCGCCAACGUCGCCGCUCACCCGUCAGCCUCGGCCUCAGCACCAGCGCCGGCCUCGGCCCCGGUCCAGGCCGAGUCGCCGUCGACCGAUGCGCUGCUCAAAGACUUCACCCUCGUCGCCGAGGCCGCCAAGCGGGCGCAGGUCGCCGUCAUGGUCCGUGACUUUGAGAGCUGCGGCAUAUAA